AUCUCAAAGUCGUUGAGACGUGGAGUAAUUAAAAAUGUCUAGGUAAUAGUUCGAAAAUUUGAUAUUAUAAGUAGGUUGAGGUGUGAGGGUAUGCAGGAGGACAAUAUCUAUAUCUCAAACAUUUCCCUUUGAUCGAUCUUUCUCCUUUAUUUUAGAGAGAGAGAGAGAGAGAGAUGGAGAUGGGUACCCUGCAUCGGAAUUCAGUAGCGGCCCAAGCAGGAGAGGGAGAAGUGAUUUAUUCUUCCUCACAAACAGCAUGUGGUCAAGAUGGACAAAAGAACGCCCAGUUAGAUGCCGGAGCUCUAUUCGUUCUCAAGUCUGAAGGAUCAUGGAUGCACUGUGGAUACCAUUUGACGACGUCGAUAGUAGCUCCGGCGCUGCUGAGUCUACCGUAUGCCUUCGUAUCGUUGGGAUGGAUAGGAGGAAUGGUGUGUCUGUGUAUGGGAGCGGCGGUGACGUUUUACUCAUACAACCUAAUCUCAUUGGUUCUUGAACAUCAUGCCCACUUGGGUCACCGACAACUACGCUUCAAAGACAUGGCCGACCACAUCUUAGGGCCAGGAUGGGGUAGAUAUUUUGUGGGGCCAAUUCAAUUUGCAGUCUGCUAUGGUGCUGUUAUUGGGUCUUCUCUUCUUGGGGGUGAGUGCAUGAAGACAAUUUAUGUGCUAUCAAAACCAGAUGGGACCAUGAAGCUGUACGAAUUCAUAACCAUAUUUGGAUGUUUUAUGCUGAUUUUAGCUCAAAUGCCAUCGUUCCACUCUCUAAGGCACAUCAAUUUUAUUUCCUUGCUUCUUUGUCUUGCUUACAGUGUCUGUGCCACAGCUGGUGCCAUCUACGUAGGUAGUACAUCCAAGGGACCUGUCAAAGACUAUUCCAUUACUGGUGAUACAACCACCAAGGUCUUCGGUGUCUUCAGUGCAAUAGCCAUCAUUGCCACCACAUAUGGGAAUGGAAUUAUUCCGGAGAUUCAGGCAACUUUAGCUCCACCAGUGAAAGGGAAGAUGUUCAAGGGGCUACUAAUUUGCUACAUUGUAGUGAUGGUUACUUUCUUUAGUGUCGCCAUAGCUGGCUAUUGGGCUUUUGGAAACCAAUCUGCUUCAAUAAUCUUAAGCAACUUCAUUGAUAGUGAUACUGGCAAAACUUUGGUGCCCAAGUGGUUUCUUAUGAUGACCAAUAUCUUUACUCUUCUCCAAUUGGGAGCUGUUGGUGUGGUCUACUUGCAACCCACAAAUGAAGUACUUGAGAGUACAUUUGGAGACCCAAAAAGCCCUGAGUUCUCUAUGCGUAAUGUUGUGCCAAGGUUAAUUUCUCGAUCUUUAGCUGUUGUGACUGGAACCAUACUUGCAGCAAUGCUUCCUUUCUUCGGAGAUAUAAAUGCUUUGAUUGGAGCUUUUGGGUUCUUGCCCCUCGACUUCGUCAUGCCGGUGGUAUUCUACAAUUUUACGUUUAGGCCAUCGAUACGAAGCCCGGUUUUCUGGCUAAACACUACUAUUGCUGUGGUAUUUGGUAUUUUAGUUGUGCUGGGGUCAAUUGCAUCAGUGAGACAAAUAGUUAUUGAUGCCAACAGUUAUAAAUUGUUUGCUAAUGUAUGAUCCCUCCUUAUAGUAAUCUAUGCCAGAUAUGUUGUUUGUAAUGUUUAAAGCCAUUCAAUUAAAUGUUAUUUAAAUUUCCUUCUCCAUCAUCCUAUCAUUUUGGUUUCAUGGGAUUUUGGAGGAAUUUAGGAUUAUGACGUGGAUUAUAUC